AUGCCGGAGGAGUCGAACGUCCACGAUGGGCCUGGUGGUCCCAGGCAACCUGCAGUUCCUGGCCAUGUUGACCUUGUGCCAGGCACGGAGGUGUUGCUCGAUGGAGGCGAUGCUCACCUGAAACGUGGCAAGGAGAGCGAUACUGUGCUCAUUCCGCAGCCUUCGAGUAACCCGGACGACCCUCUGAACUGGGCGCCUAUCUGGAAAUAUCUCGUAAUCACGACCCAGUUUCUCUAUACGUUCGUUACCGUCGAGUCUGCUCUGUCGCUGGCCCCAAUGUUCCCGCUGCUCCAAAAGGAGUGGGAUCUCAAUGAGACUCAGCUCAGUUUGCUCACGGGAGCGUGCGUCCUGGCCCUGGGGUACGCGAAUUUUAUUAUCGUUCCUUUCUCCAACAUAUUCGGCCGGAGACUGGCCAGUCUGUCGCUCGGUAUUCUCGUCAUCUUGACCGAACUCUGGGAGGCUUUGGCGACCUCGCACAAAAGCUUUCUUGCCGCUCGCGUUGUGAACGGGCUCACGACCGCGACAGCGGAGAGUUUGAUGGUGCAAGUCAUUGCUGACAUAUUUUUCCUUCACGAACGUGGCCUGUGGACGGGUAUCUACUUCACUUCCUACUUCUUUGGAUUAUUCUUGGGUCCUGUCAUUGCCGGAAACAUCGCCGAGAGACAUGGAUGGCGAAGCUUCUUCUGGCUCUCUCUCGCUCUCUCCGUAUUUAAUUUUCUUACGAUUCUCGUCUUCUUCCCCGAAACCAAGUAUCGACGCUCCGCAAGCCACAUUGGGGGCAAAGCGGAACCUGUGGAUGCGUCCGUCACUGCCAAUGGGGAAAAGAACGGUGUCGACGAAAACGCGCUAGCAAACAACGGCAGCGAACCAGACGUCAAUUCCCAGUAUGGCAAGGGACGGCCCUCCAAGAGCCAGUUUAUGCUGUUCCAGAAGCCAGAUCCACGGUGGAAAGGCUUCCUGGUUCGCGACGUCCUGUCACCCUUCCGUGUCUUCUUCUAUCCAAUCAUCUUUUGGGCGGGCCUGAACGUCGCUGGUCCUGCCAACCUCCUGCUCUUCUGGAACCUGACCGAGUCUGCCGUCCUGGCUGCUCCGCCCUACAAUUUCUCUGCAUCAGCGGUCGGCUAUAGCAACUUUGCCUUUUUCGUUGGCGGAGCGAUCGGGCUGCUGACGGCCGGGCCAUUCUCCGACUGGGUUGCCAAUCGAGCCACGCGCAGGAACAAUGGCAUUCGGGAGGCGGAGAUGCGUCUGCCCGCGUUGAUCCCGUUCUUUGUCACCACCCUCGUUGGCAUCAUCAUUGGCGGUCUGGGGUACCAGCGACAGUGGUCCUGGCCGGUCAUUCUCGUCUUUGGCUACGGACUCACGGGCCUCAGCGUGACCACGAUCCCGACGAUCGCCAUCGCCUAUGCGGUCGAUUGCUACAAGCCCAUUUCCGGUGAGAUCAUGGUGGUGGCCACCGUCCUGAAGAACACGUGUGGGUUCGGCAUGAGCUACUGGGUCGCGCCGUUGGCGGCGCGCGAGGGAUACAUUUCGCCGGCGAUGGUCGAGUUCGCCCUCACGAUCGGACCGGUUCUGCUCGCCGUGCCGCUGUACUUCUUUGGAAAGAGGCUUCGUGUCAUGACCCGGAACUCGAGUGUGCAUCAGUGGUCAGAGAUCUAG